AGGGAAAAGACAAUAAAUCCCAUUUGAGUAUUAUACAGGUAUCUUAUUUGGAAGGAAGACAAUCGUUUCAAUAAUAAAACCUUAAGCAAAAAGGCAAGAAAAUCCUAUUAAAAAGCUGUGAGAGUAUCAGAGAAUUGUUUUUGUCUGGACGGUGCCAGGCAGCUCAUUUUUCGAUUAGGGGCGCCGGCGGGCUUUUAAUUUCAUCGGCAUUUAUCUUUAGGCCAUGUGGCAACUGAAUCACAGUAGCAUGCUAUGAUGCUUUAGACGUUGUGAUGAAUAGUUGGGAAGCGGCAUUGGUAUUGGGGUCUGAAGUGGGAAGCUUAAUUAUAACGUUGGAAUGGUGGCUGAUGAAUAGGUAUUUUAUUCAAAGCCAACCAAGAGAACAUGGCAUGGGAAGAUUCAUCUUCUUGCAUUAGUCCAGAUCUAAGCAAGUAUUAUAUUCCUGGGAAAUAUUGGGAAGAAGCAGAAAGUAGAGAAUCGUUGUUCGAGGAAGUGGGUGGCGGCAUACCUACAGGUUUAGAAACAUCACGUAUGAGUGGACGCUACUCUGUAAAGAAGAAAUCUGAAGAUGUAUGGCCAACUUUUAGAGUACGAGACAGAGACAGGACCAAGGAAAUGCAGGGAGAUAGGAAUUUGUCAAGCAGUGAAGUUACAUUUCGAUCAAGGAAGACCUAUGGGGGCCAUCCUAGGGCCAAGGAGGUGCCUAAUUUUGCUAAUUGCAGACGGCCUGACAAGGGAAUUAAUUUAGUUGGUUGUAAGGCAGGUAUUUCUGGCCUCCUAUUUUUCCCACCGGCCAAAUGCAACAAUACUGUACAAAAGAGAUAUGGCUUUGGGAGUUGGGGUUGCACAUCUGCUCCAGAGGUGUACUUACCUGCAUCUGCAAGUAAAGUUGUUCGUGCAUCUGCUGAUUGGGAUGCUAAAAGAGUAGGACAUCGUUCCUCUAGAGUUAGCAGAGGUGGUAGUGGUAGUCGGAAAAGCUCUCAGAGAAGGACUCAAGUAGCACCACAGCCAAAUCCAAUGUGGCAGCAAGUUUCAAGAAGGCAGACAACUCCUAUUGUGGAUCCUGAUAUGUGGUGUUCCAGAGGCCUGGCCUUCACUACUGAUCCAUCUUCAUUAGAUUGCGUUGUUCCCACUGGAAAUGUGCAUGUUUGUGCUCGUCAUUACAGACGAACAAAUUCAAAUUCAAGCAAAAUAACACCAGGAACUCAGUUGGACACGAUUUCCAGAGAGCGUUACUCAGUCACAAGGAAUGGAGAUGAGUCCAAAAUAGUAUUGGACACUGAUGGUGGUCUUUCAGUUGCUAGGAGCCUUCAAGUACAGGGAUCAAGGCGUUUAUCUGGAGGCCUUGCUCAGCAACUUUUGAUGCUUGAAACAACUCUUCUUUUGGGUGGACUGGACAUGUAUGACCAGCACAGGGACUUGCGUCUUGAUGUAGACAACAUGUCCUAUGAGGACUUACUUGAACUUGGAGAGAGGAUUGGUUAUGUAAAUACAGGAUUAAGUGAAGAGACAAUUAUUAAGUGCAUAAAGAAGAAGCACUGUAUCUUGGAAUCUAAAUCUAGCCGUUUAACAGAAAGUGAUCGGAAAUGUAGCAUUUGUCAGGAAGAGUAUGAAAUAGCUGAUGAGAUUGGAAAGCUUCAUUGUGGUCAUGCCUAUCAUGUGGGCUGCAUAAAAAAAUGGCUUCUCCAGAAAAAUGUAUGUCCUGUUUGUAAGGCAUCUGCAUUAUCCUAGAAAUUUCACGUCACCAUAAAUCUGGAUUUUGUUUGUUGGUUUUGUGGUAUGUAGCAUCCGAAGAGCAUAUUGUGUGGCUAGGGAUGAGAUAGAUUCUUCUUAUACACUUAGAAUCAUUUAUUCUUAUUCCAUCUCUACUGGGAACGAGGUUCAAAUGGGAACUUUGUAUGUAAAAGCUUCCUUGAUUGCAAUUGGGUGUGAAUGAUACAAGUGAGAUGGACUUUCUUGUAUUUGAUCCCAAGAUAUUGCUCGUUGAUGUAUAUCGAUUAAAACAGUUGAAUUCAUGCAUGUUGUUUCUGGCAAGAAUGGUGUUUUUGUAAUAUUAAGAGACAAUUUCAGACAAUCUUUCCUGAAGGAUGAAAUGUAUCAUCAACAGGGUUUGGCUCUUAUGUGGAGAUAAACUGCAUCCUUUUUUAUGCACCCUCCAUAUUUUUUAUAAAUUGUAUUUCUUUA